CGGCUGCGCAGUGAUACGACCGCCCUUCGUUCCUUUUCGUAACCGGAACUGUGGCGCAAUCUUGUCCAACUGCUCCUGCUCUGGGAAGGGCUGCAAACUGCACGGAUUUUGUUUCCUUUUCCUUUCCUCCGUUCUUCCUGGAAGGUUAAAGGUCGAAGCGUGAAUAGACCCACCUCCAGGACCCCAAAUCCUCGGCCACACGGGCGCCAUUACUCUCCGGACUCAUUUGUUAAAGCUCUUUUUGGGGUACGCCUGUGUGGAUGGUUAUCCCCAAAGUGAAGAAGCCUUGGCUCUGAAGCGUGCUUCUCAGGGUUAGGGGAUGCCGCAACCCAGCCUCUUGAUGCAGUGUGAAUCCAGUUCAAGGGAAGAGGAGAUCCCGUCCCUCUUUUGGGGUUUGGAUCCUGUGUUUCUAGCCUUUGCAAAACUCUACAUCAGAGAUAUCCUGGAGAUGAAGGAAUCCCAGCAAGUGCCAGGUAUAUAUUUUUACAACGGCCAUCCAAUAAGACGGGUGGAUAUCAUGGGAACUGUCGUUGGCAUGAGAGAAAAGGAUGCUUUCUACAGCUAUGCAGUGGAUGAUGCCACUGGGGUUAUAAACUGCACCUGCUGGAAAAGGUUGAGCAGUACUGAGUCUCCACCAGACCCAGCUGCUCCAAGCACUGCAAGAGAGCUAAGCUUGACCUCACAGCUUAAGAAACUGCAGGAGACCAUUGAGCAGAAAACCAAGAUAGAAAUUGGGGAUGUUAUCCAUGUCAGAGGCUAUGUGCGCAUGUUCAGAGAACAGCGAGAAAUCAGUGCCAACCUUUACUAUAAGGUGGAUGAUCCCGUGUGGAAUAUUCAAACUGCGAGGAUGCUCGAAUUGCCAGUGCUCUACAGGAGAGUGUAUGACCAGCCCUUCCGCAGCCCAGCCCUAACGGAGGAAGAGCCACCGGACAAGACAGGCACUUUGGAUCUCGCCGGCCUCACGUCUUUGUUGAGUGAGAAAAUCAAAGAAUUCCUCCAGGAGAAGAAAGUGCACACCUUCUACCAGCAGGACUUGGAGAUGGUGGAGUCCUUGCAGUCCCUGGCCAGCCAGCCUGUGGUUCACAGCACCUGCUCGGACAAAGUGGAAUCAAAGACCAGCACCACUUCCAGUCCAGUCCACAGUGUGUUUAAGAAUGCUCUACAGCUGCUGUGGGACAAGGGAUUUGUGUUCCAGAGAAAUGGCGGCCCUCAUAAGCCGUACUAUGUAACCAGCAAGGACAAAGACCUGCACCAAAGGAUCUACCAGAUCGUUAAGGAAGAGUGCCAGAAACCAAAUCAUGUGGAGAAGGGCUGCCAUCUGAUGCAUGUCCAGAACUGCGUGCGCCUGAACCUGCGCUGGGACCUGAGCAAGGCUGUGCUGCGACAGGUGCUGGAGCUCCUGGAGGACCAGAGCGACAUUGUGAGCACAGGAGCUCACUACUACACGGCCUUCUGAGCAGAGCUGCGGAGCAAAGAUGCUGGCCUUACCCCAGGCUCUCUCGCAGGCAUUGUACAGGGACUUAUAUAUAUUUAAUCUCAUAAUAAAUUCCAAUAUAGUCACUAGGAAAA